ACCUGCGGGUUGCCUUGAAGCCACGAACUCGACUGCAUUACCAGCUGCACCUUUUACGGCGACCGUCCUCCUGUCUUUACCUGUGCCCCCAUAGAUCUUUCAAGAUGCCUCCAAAGAAACAGAACGUGCCUAGCUCUUCCAAAGUCAAAGAUGACAAGACCUUUGGGAUGAAAAAUAAAACAAAUCUGCGAAAGUUCAGAAGCAGGUUCAGCAAAUCCAGCAGCAGGCGUCGAUGGCAGGAAAGUCCAAGGAAGCUCUUGCCAAGGAGAAGGAGAAGGACCUUCGUGCAAAGGCCAAAUUGGAUGAGGAAAAACGCAAGAAGGAAGAAGCAGCUUUAUUCAAGCCAGUUCAGCAACAGAAAGUGCCAUUUGGAGUGGAUCCCAAGACCGUUCUCUGUGCUUUCUAUAAAGCAGGCAACUGUGAGAAGGGGACCAAAUGUAAGUUCAGCCACGAUAUGAAUGUUGGACGGAAAGUAGAGAAGAAGAACUUGUAUGAGGACAGUCGAGAAGACAAGCUAAAUGACACAAUGGAGUCAUGGGACGAGGAGAAGCUGAGAAGUGUUGUACUUUCGAAGCAUGGAAACCCUCGGACGACUACAGAUAUCGUGUGCAAAUUCUUCAUAGAAGCUAUAGAAACACAAAAAUUUGGAUGGUUCUGGGAGUGUCCAAACGGAGAAAAAUGCCAAUAUCGGCACGCUCUACCUCCUGGAUUUGUGCUGAAGUCGGAAAGGAAGGCUGCUGAAGCUGCUGCUAAAGCGAACACUAUCAGUCUUGAGGAAUUCCUGGAAGUGGAGCGACAUAAACUUGGUUCCAAUCUAACACCUGUAACACCCGAAACCUUUGCAAAAUGGAAGAAGACAAGGAUGGAUAAGAAGGAAGCAGAGACAGAGGCUCUUCGUAAAACCAAGGAGACGCAACACGCAGCAGGAAAGAACACAGGAAUGAGUGGAAGGGAUUUGUUCCAAUUCAACCCCGAGUGGUUCCAAGAUGAAGAUGACGGAGACGAAUCCGAAGACUGGGACCUUUCGAAAUAUAGAAAAGAAAAGGAGGAUGAAGAUUAUGACAGAGAGCAAGACAGAUUACAGUCAGGAAUGGAAGAUGCCAGCAUUGAUGGUAGUAAUGAUGGCGGAGGACAAGAUAACGGAGGGGAGGACAACGUUGGCUCGGCGGAUGGGGACGAGUAGAAUAAUGUUGCUGGAACACCACACCCGCACCAUUAUUUAUCACUGAACCUUGCAUGCGGUUGUACCAGCAUUUAUGUACUUACGAAAGUCGGAUGGACGUCAGAUACGCUUACUAUCUACUUUUGUAAGUUCCCUGGUAAAUGAAAUGUGGCAAACCUCUGCCAGGACU